ACGGUUAAUCAAUUUGCAUUAGGAAAUAAUCAGUAAGCGUGACAAAGUGUUUUAGCAAGGAAUGCGAAAGCGUGGAUACAGUAUUUAGCAAGUUUUGCAAAACGCGGUAUCAACCACACGUAAAUAUUUUGUUUGGUGGAAUCGGGGAAAGGGAAGCAGGUUGUUUGUUAUCUUAUGGUAGCAUAGUAAUAGACGAUGGGUAACCUCGUAAUGAGCAACAGUUAUUAAACGCAGCAAACGUAACAGGUAUUUCUGUCAAGGUCGGCCAGGUAACAAACAUGCGAUGCUCUUUUGAUCGAAAACAACAGUCUUUCGAAAGUGUUCCAUCUGUGUAAAUGAAUAAAUAAAUAGGAGUGCAUUAGACACGAGAAGGAUACCAAAACGCCAUGCCAUCCCAUAGCAAAACGAUUGUGGAUUUUUCCGGUAAAGAGCUAACCGAAGAGGAUAUCAAAGAUUGUAUUCAACAGCUUCGGGAAAUAUUAAACGCUGACAAAAAAUUCCAAAACGUUCGAAAGGAUGACGCUUACUUAUUACGGUUUCUACAUUGCACGGAUUUUAGUGUUCACCAAGCUUACAGAAGGAUAGACGACUACAUCGGGUUACUAUUAGAACAUCCAGAAUGGUUCGCAACAGGAUCUCCAAUAGACUAUAAAGAUUUAAUCGACCAAAAUACCAGAACCAUUCUACCGGGUGUAAGAGAUAGGGACGGUCGUAGAAUAUUUGUAUCCAAAUUAGGGGAGUUCAACGUCAGUCGGAUGUCUCCGCAGCAGUCGGCCAAAGUGGACGAACUUUGGUUAGAAUUGAUUAUGGACGAGCCGGAAACGCAAGGUACCGGAUUAAGCGUUAUUCUCGACAUGAAAGGAUAUUCUUUGAGAAUGUUUCGUUGGUUAACACCCUCAAAUAUUAGAUUUGGUUCGAGGAAAGCCGAUCUGUAUCCAUGUAAAGAACUCGUUUACCACGUUGUAAAUACCUCAACACUGAUCAGCGCGAGUGUCAAAUUGAUAUGGCCGUUUUUGACAGCAAAACUGAAAGAAAGGUUCCACUUUCAUUUCGAUGACUGGGAAUCGCUCCACAAGCACAUAACUCCAGAUGUCUUACCGCCAGAGUAUGGUGGAACCGGUCCAGAAUUAAACUUCAAGAAAUUAAACCAAUGGCUGUACGAUAAUAGCGAACAAGUUUAUGAAAAUUUAAAACAUCAGCACGUUGGUGCCAUUCGGCACAAAAGUCAAUAAUUUUAUCUUUAAUGGAAUUGUGGUUUUUGUUAUUUGUAUUUUAAUAAAAUCGUUAAUUGAAA